AUGGAGGACACGCAGAUGUCUAAGGGAGAUAUCCCCGACGUUCCUGCUGGUGAGAAAGGCGGGGUGUCAACAGAUGAAAUCAGGGCUUUGGUGGAACAAGAACAAGCCUUGGCCGAUGCUCAGAGGAAGAUAACCACUUUAGAGGCUGCUGCGGAGAAGGCGAGGAAUGAGAAACAGGUCCUGGAGGUUGAGAAGAAUGUUGCAGUCUCGGCUCAAGAUCAACUCCGUACACAACUAUCAUCAUUACAAUCUUCUUUUCAUAAGGCUUCCUCAGAAUUAUCUGUCUUACAAACAAGAGUACAAAUAACGGAGAAAGAGAAAAGGGAAUUGUUGGAAGAGACCGAACGAUUACAACAGAGACUUAAUCGAAAUGCUCAGGACUUAUACACUCUACGAGCACAGAAAACCGAUUCGUCACAAAAGAUAGCUCAUCUCGAUGUUGAAGUUUCAGAGCUCAAGAUGGCCGCCGAAUCAGCCAAGUUUAAUGAGCAAAGAAGUGUACAGGCUUUACAAGCUUCUCGCGUAGAGAUACUCAACCUCAACAAAUCCCUCACGGAUGUGGAAGAAAGAUUCGGAAAAUAUCGAGCGGAACAGCAAGCUGAAUUAUCUCGAUUAGAGAUGGAACUCAGUACGGCCAUUGCCCGUCUUACAUCCAUAGAAAACAAUCAUCGUUCUCUCCAACGUACAUUCAACGAUCAAUCACGUCGACUCGCCGACGCUCAUGCAAACAUAGCCACUCUCACCUCGGCCGCAGCUUCCAAAAAGGCCUCUACAUCUUUGGAGAUACACCGGUUAGUAGAUGAGAACCGUGUGUUGGAGAAAAGGGGCGAUGAUGCUCGAGCGGUCAUUAUGGAUCGUGAGGCGGAAUUGGAGAGAUUGACGAUGAUCCAUUCGGAGAAUGAGAAGAGUUGGAGUGAAAAGUGGAAGAAAGAAGAGAGAUUUAGGAAAGAAGCGGAGAAGAGAGUAGAAGAUUUGAAAUUGGUCGUUGAGAGAUUAGCUUUGGCUGGAGGGGAUGGAAGUGGAGUUAGUCCAGCUGCUGCAUUGGCAUCGGAGAUCAGACAGAGUGGGAAAUCAUAUACUCAGUUCUUUACGGAUUAUCAGGUUCAGGAAACAAAACUUAGACAAGCGGAAGAGGAAGUUCGGAGAUUAGAGAAUCUGCUGGACCAGAUCACUGAUGAGAUUGCUGAGAAGCAACCCCUUCUUGAACAACAAUCCGCCGAACAUUCUCAAGCUAUCGAUCGUGCCAAUGCUUUAGCAUCCGAACUUGCCUCCACUCUCUCAUCUCGUGACUCUCUCGAAUCUCAGUUAAAAUCAAUCCAAGCAUCUUCAACAUACCACAAUGAAGAAGUACUUUCUCUCCGACAAGAAACCUCUGAUUUAUCUCGUCAAGUUCAAACCCUAUUACAUCAAAUUUCAAUUCGUGAUAAUCCCUCCCUCUCUUCCAUUUCUUUAGACUCUACAUCUAUAGUAUCUGAUACAGGUGACAUUAUCACUGAUCAUUUACUAGAAUUCCGUUCUUUGCGUUCAUUACAAGAACAAAACCAAAAACUUCUUCGUCUAACAAGAGGGUUGAUGCAAAAACUAGAUGAAAGAGAAAUCAGAAGAGUUACAACAGAACAAGAUGAUAUCAACGUUGGAGAAUCACUUGAUCAAGCUACUGAAACAAUCAAAAAGUUACAUACUCAAUUGAUUGAAUGUCAAAAGAAGAUAUUAGAAGUUACUAGAGAGAGAGAUUUCUUUAGUAAAUUAUUAGCUAAAGGUGAAGGGUUAGGAAUGAGUCAUGUUUCAGGAAAGAACGAUAAAGGUCCUUUGGAAGAUGGACAAGGUGUUUUGGAAACUACUGUUGGGAAUUUACAGACGGAAUUGGGGAUCAUAAAAGUGAAGGCUGAGAAGGAAAUUGGAGAGGUUAGAGAGGAAAUGAUGAUGAAAAGUAGACAAGCUGGUGCGGCGGAAGUUGAGAAAGCAAAGGCUUUGGCUAAAGUUUCUUUAUUGGAAGAACAACAACGCAUUUCCACUGAAACACACAAUCUUCAAAAACAAGAACUUGCAUCGCUCGAAUCACAGUUGAGAACAUUACAAGCCAACAUUGUUCAAGCACAUUCAGAGCGUCGUCAGGCUCUGGAACAGCUCGCCGUACGUCAAGCCGAGUCUGAUAGAUUAAGGAAUGAAGUGGCCGCUGUUCGAGCUGAAAAAGAUUUAUGGCAGAGCACGGAAAAUCGCCUUCAAGCAGAUUUCAGAACGGUCCAAAGUGAAAGAGCGAAGUUACAACAGUUGAUCGAUAAUCUCAAUACUGUACAUUCUGAGAAUGAGCGAACAAGGGUGGAUGAACGUGCUGGGUAUGAGAGAAGAAUUGAAGAGCUUCAACGGGAUAGCACCGCACUCCGCACUCAAAUACAACAAGCAAGAGAUGCUGCCCGUGCUGCUGAGAAACGCGCUGAAGAAUUCGACUCUCGUCUAGCUUCAUCAAUCUCUGCCGUCCAAUCUGAACUCGCUUCCGCCACUUCCCUCGCCUCUUCACGCGACCAACAACUCACUGAACUCAGAUCCGAGCUGGAACGUAUCAAAGCGGAAAGCGAAAACCGGCAUCGAAUAGGUAUGAAUUGGAAACGUCGUGCUGAACAACUUGUGGAAGAGGCUAAAAUGCGAUUACAACUUCUGGACGAUCAAUCGAAAGAGUUGGAGAAUAUACGAUUACAAGCUUCUGAAUUGGAAACAUUAAGAUCACAAGGUACCGAAUUGGAGAGAUUACGAUCACAAACGUCUGAGGUGGAGACCUUGAGGGGACAGCUGGAAGAGUUGAAAGGAAAGAGUAAAGAUCCAGUUUCAGUCCAAGAGAAAGAUACCGAGUUGGAAGAUGUCAAGAAGAAACUUGAAGGAUUACAGAAAGAAUUAGAAGAGACGAGAGUCAAGUUGGGAGAAGCAGAAAGGAAGUUGGUAGAAGCUGAAAGAGUUAGUAGUUUGAAGGAAAUGACCGUACAGAGAUUACAGAGUGAAAUGAGUUCGAGGGUCGUGGCAUCGGGAGGGGCCGGAAAUGGGGUUGGGGUUGAAGGAGAUGGGGAAGCUCUUAGAGCGGAGAGGGACGAAUUGCAGAGACGUUUGAUACAAGCUGAAAAGGACUUGGAAGUUGCCAAGGCGGCAGGAAGUGGGGUUUCGAGUGGGAUGGAAGUGAGUGGAGGUGAAUCAGUAGAUGAGAGUGUGAGAGAGUUACAAAUGAAAGUGGAGGUGUUGCAAAGGGAGAAAGAAGAGUUGGAGCAGCGCUACGAAGCAAAUGUCACCAGAGUCAACAAAGCCAACAUAGGUCUACGUUCAAAAGUUUCUGAACUGGGUACUUCUCAAAGUAUAGCAACGAACCGUAUAACAGAAUUAGAAAAAGAAUUGUUAGAAAUACGAUCUUCCACCUCUGCCAUGUCCGUCGAUACAGUCGGUGUGAAUAAUCAAGUGAUUGAAGAAGCUGUGAAAAAGGCUUUAGAGAAUAAACAAGUUGAACUUGAUGAACUUCGAAAUCAAUUACGAAUCCAACUCGGACCUCAGGAUUCACAUUCAGUACUCAAAGAAGGAUCAUCCGGGGCUGCUGGAACGGACGAGGGGAUAAAAGAGGAAAGAAAGAAAAUGGAGAAAGAAUUUCAAGAUCAAUUGGAAUCUCGUCAAAAACAAAUAGAAGAAUUACAAUCGAAAGUAAAAGCUUUGGAAAGACAAGUUAAAACUGCUGAGAUUACAAGGAAAACAUUAGAGAGACAAAAGAUUGAGGCGGAAGCUAAAGCUAAGAAAAUGGAAGGAGAGGCAGAGGCUGGAUCUUCAACUGCUCAAAAUCAAAUUCCAGUAUCUUCUUCUAAUCCUACUUCAUCUACUAUCACCAGUAAUCAGAUACCCCCAGCAUCAGCAUUUACACAAUCGACCACUUCGACUCCCAAUUUCUCUUUUGUACCUUCUAUUCCGGCUCUUGGUCAAAGUUCUGCUCAAUCAGUUGGAACACCCUCUGCUGGUCAAGUUUUUGGACAGAACCAACAAGGCGUAACUUCCACCGACUCAAACUCGAGUCAUGGACAGAGCUCAGGAUUGCAAGUGGGUCAACAACCUUCCGGACAGGAAGCUGCCACUACGGGUGAGAGUGGGGACGGUGCCCAGAAAGGAAGUGGGAAUGUAGGAGACAAUACAAACGUUUCAUCUGGUUUACCAACCAGAGGGAUGGUACGUGGUCGUGGAAGAUCUGUGAGAGGUAGGGCAGUAGUGGGAACUAGACCUAAUCCCGUAUUGAAUGCCGUCAACGCAGCUUUAUCUCAAACAUCACUUGUUCAAAGUGUUAAAAGACCUUUGGUUGAAGAAGGUGAAAUCGAAGAUUCUUUAGAGUCUUCUCCAUCCCAUGCCCAAUCCCACGCUCAAUCACAGGGACUGGGACAAAUCCAAGGACAAGGACAAUCACAGGGAUUGGGAUUGGGACAAACACAGGGAGAAGCACAAACACAAGAUAUAUUAACAAGAAUCCAAUCUGGACCAAGGAUGAUUAAACGACCUAGAGGAGUUGGAAGAUCUCGAGGAGGAGGUUUGAGACGUGUUAGUGGUGAAACGACGAUUGUUUCUUCUGGUCAAAUUACCUCUCAACCGGGUCAACCUGUUCAACCUUCUCAACUUGCUCAACCUGGCCAACCUGCUCAACCUGGCCAAAGUGGUCAACUUGCUCAACCUUCUCAACCGGGUCAGACUGGUCAGAUUGCUCAACCUGGCCAGAUUGGUCAAAUCGGUCAGAUUGGACAACCUGGCCAAAGUGGACAGACAGAUGGAAGUACUCAGACUACGGGCAGUUCAACCGCACCAUCAGGACAGGGACAGGGACAAGGAGGGAAAGAAGCGGGAGAGUGA